CUUGAAUAACGAAAAAUGCUGAUUUACAAGGAUAUCAUCUCUGACGACGAGCUUUUGUCUGAUGCCUACGACAUCAAGUUGGUUGACGAUGUCAUCUACGAGGCCGACUGUCAAAUGGUUACCGUUGGUGACGGUGACGUUGAUAUCGGUGCCAACCCAUCUGCUGAAGGUGGUGACGAGGAAUUGGACUCCACCAAGGAGACCGUCAACAACGUUGUCUACUCCUUCCGUUUGCAACAAACAGCCUUUGACAAGAAGUCCUUUUUGACUUACAUCAAGGGUUACAUGAAGACCAUCAAGGCUAAGUUGCAAGAGUCCAACCCAGACCAAGUUGAGGUCUUUGAGAAGGGUGCUCAAAAGUACGUCAAGAAGGUUAUUGGUUCCUUCAACGACUGGGAGUUCUACACCGGUGAGUCCAUGGACCCAGAUGGAAUGUUGGUUUUGUUGAACUACCGUGAGGAUGGUACUACCCCAUUCGUCGCUAUCUGGAAGCACGGUGUCACUGAGUACAAGAUC